AUGAAAAGAGGGAAGCUACCAGUUAGGGGUGGUGUUAGGGUCCACAGCCACACAACAAAAGAACUUUCUACCAAUAUUCCAACAAAUACUAAUGAUGUCAAAGAACUUUCUAACGAUAUACCAACAAAUACUGAUGAGUUCAAAGUCUACAUGAUUAUUGGAAUAUGCAUUUUUGGAGCUUUUUUGAUUGUUAUUGGAGUGAUAAUUGUGAAGCGACAUCGUUCAAGUGCAUCAAAAGAGCAGAUUUCACGAAUAGAGCCGACUGGUACAGAUGGUUUAGUUAACCCCUCGACAAAAAAAGCACCUGAUAAUGCUUACACACCGAUGCCUCUGGGUUCUCUAGGUUCUGUCUUCCCAAGUAACGUCGACGAAAAUGUCAAAGCUGUGUACGUAGAAUGUCCUGAUAAUGUCUAUGAUAUUUCACGGAUCCAUAGACCUCACGUCCUCCAACAAAACAACAUUUACCAGACAAAUGAAAGCAUCUACAACACAACUUUCGCAAAAAAAGAUUAUGACAUUAACAACGAUUCAAAUCCGUAUCAAUCUUGCGUUAAACAACAUCUCAUAAAGCAAAACAAAGAUUAAUACAAAAAAUCAUGUACAGAACAUUUUUUGUAAUAUAUGUAAAGUUGUAAGAAAACAAGAGAACGAGAUAUCAAAGUGUUUAACAAAGAUUUUCGAAGAUGAUGUGUACCCGGCGAGAAAAAAAAUGCAAUGAAACUUUCAUAUUCAUUUUUUGUUGUUUUGAAAUUAAGAAUGAAUAACGGAUUACAUACAGUGUAGCACAAACAGUCGUGUAUGUUCGUGGAGUAGCUGCAUUUAAAAAUCAUGUCAUAUAUACGUUUGGAUGAUAUUGUAAUGUUUUGAGAUUUUAAUUUUCCAAAAGUUCUUUUUCCAGAGUUCAGACUUUCAGAAUCCACACUUAAUUCACACAUAUUUUGCAAUAUGCAGUAUGAAUAAAGACUCAACGUGUCAUAUUUUUAGCGUCAUAUUAAAUGUAGCAAAAUAAGGGAGCUUGUCUUCCAGAUUGUUGAAUAUAAAAUAAGAAUCCUCUUUAACUACAUAUUAACAGUUGUUACAAUAAGGAUUCGAACACUCUCGGAGAAGAAAUACCAUAUUUUUAGAAAGUACCAUAUAACAUGUACGUAACAUAUAUACGUGUAUACUGUAUUCAUAAACUCUAUUUGAUUAAAACAAAACACCACAAAUGCUGGUCUAAAAACAUGAAUUAAAAAGCACUAUCUAUGUGUUCAAUUGGAUGGAAUAGCAACAAUCAAUGUUAAACCAAUGACAUUUGCAUAUAUAAUGAUUUUAAACUCUAUUUGACGCCUUAAAAAGAAAUCAAAUUCAUAUUGCAUCCUUUCUAUACAGACACGGUACAUUUUUAUCCUACAUAUAUGAAAUUAUGUACAUGUACAACUACUACAACAACAAAUGUUAUAUAUAUUAGCCACUCAGCAUUUAAUGAUAACAUGUCUUUAUUCACAGUCUAUGUAAAGCAAUAAUUUAAAUUUUACAUACAUGUACAUUCAUAUUUUUUUAAUUCAAUUUGCUCUUCUUUAAAGUAAAAAAAAACAUAUUUAAGACAUACUUUAAAAACAUAUUUGUCAAGUUCAAGCAAUAGCAACUUUAACAGUUAUAAAUGCUAAAAAUACAUUCUAUACUUUGCAUUUCUUAUUUGUAUGUAGUGUAAAUUUUAGGGUAUAAAAAGGAUACUCGGUAAUUAAUCGAUGUUUUUGUAGGGAGGGUAAGACGCCAGAUAUUGUUUUUAAUUUUGCACGGAAAAGGCAAUAUUGCAUAGGGCUAUGAUUCUUAAAAUACCAGUAUCUACUUUUUCUAUGAAAUAUUUCCGGGAGAGUUGUCCUGAAAAGACAUGAUCUUUUCUUCAAGUGUGGUAAAGUUUAUUUUCUCGAAUUAUGAUCACGAAAUGUGCAUAACUUUGUAAAAUAUAAGGAAGUCUAUGUUUUAUCUUUUGAAUGUAAGUCACCGAUAGCCAGUCCGGUUCCGUUUUAUAAAUUAAAAAUAAAAUUUUACUUGGAAAUUCGGCGUUUGCAUAUCAGUUAAAGAUUAUAUCUCUAGUCCAUGUAUCAUAACGUAAAAAACGGUGCCAAUUUCCUUAAAUUCAAAAAAAAAAAAAAAAAAUUCAAAUGGCCAAAAAAUUAGGCUAUUUUCAACAUUUUGCAUAGCCCCUACAGUCUGGAAUAAAAUAUUUAUAUAUCUACCUAUAUAAAUAUAGAACUGUUUCAAAAAUUCUUAUUGAUAAAUUUUCUUUGGAUCGUGGGCUGCCAUCGACUAAUUUAACUAUUAGAUGAAGAGGCUCAAAUUCAUCUAAUUUCUCAAAAAUUCAAAAAUAUUGUAAUUUUACCAAGUCUAUUUUGCAAUACCUUGGCUCUUAAAGGUACUUGAUUUUUUAUAAGAAACAAAAGCACCAAGUCUCUACUGUAUAUUGGUGUUUAAAAUUGAACACUGGGACUUAGUCAAUGAAUUAGCAUAGAAACAGGGUCAUUUUUGUUAUAGUUAGAGAACUUAGCUCUUAUUCCGCCGAAUUCAAAAUUAGAAAACAAGCAAAUUCAAAGAAUUGUGGUCCCCUGCUUUCGGUAUCUUUGUGGGUGGGGUGUUACUUUUUAUGACAUAUUGCGUCAAAUCUUAUACAGGCAAUGCACAUGAAAAUUUGAAAUUACUAUCUCUUCUCAAUCAAAAGGUAAGGUAUAAGGAAGUGAAACACUGAUGACGCCAUAUGGCAAAAUAGCGAAACUUAAACCUUUCCUAAAUGCAAAUUAAAUAUAGUGAA